AUGGCAUUUGAUUUGGUGGUUGAUUUCAGGGGAUUGUUUCACCAGGUCAGAGCAUUCAUUGUUAUUCUGGUUCUGUUAUGUACCCUCUUCUGCAUUGCUAUAGGUGGACCAUGCUUGACGAAUGGAAUGCCAAAAUGGGCAGAAUAUGAUUCAGGUGGAUCCUAUGGAGAUGAGGAUGUUGGGGAAUUUCAAGAUAUUAGCAUUGAUGAUACUAGUUUGGGCUAUGAAGCUGGAAGUUCUAUGACCCACUUAAAUUUUGAGAAUAUUUGUACCAAUUCUCACUCAUUCUGCUUUCUUUCAACAUUGCCUGGUUUUUCGUUUAAAGAGCACAAGCUUAAAGUAGCUGCUUUAGAAGUUUCCGGGAGUCAGUCUGAUGGUUCGUUAUCUGUAGGAUCAACUCAGGGUAGCAGAUGGGCAGAGAACAAGAGCUGGUCAAUGGACUAUGGUAUAUUCCAGUUAGUAAAUGGCCAGACUGUUUCCUGUUCUGCGAACACUAGAGAAGGUGUUGAUGAGUUAUCAUCCUCACAAACCGAUAGUGCUGACCAAUGUGAUCCUCCUUCAUGUAAAGUUUCUUUAUUAAACCAGAAGAGCACAAGUGUCAGGCUGAGGAAAAAGUCCGAGUUGAUCAAUGCUUUUGAUGUUUCUCCACCCCAUGUAGAAAUUAGCCCUCAUGUACUUGAUUGGGGACAGAGGCAUUUAUAUUUUCCCUCAGUAGCAUUCUUAGCAGUAGCAAAUACCUGUAACGACAGCAUUUUACAUGUCUAUGAACCAUUUAGUACCAAUGCACAAUUCUAUCCCUGCAACUUUAGUGAGGUUUUGUUAGGACCAGGCGAAAUAGCUUCAAUUUGUUUCGUAUUUUGGCCUAGGUGGUUGGGCUUGUCCUCAGCUCAUUUGAUCUUGCAAACAAGCUCUGGUGGAUUCCUGGUCCAAGUCAAGGGCAAUGCAGUUGAGUCGCCAUACAAUAUUAGUCCUUUAUUCAGCCUGGAUGUUCCUUCAAGUGGACGGUUGAGGAAGAAUUUUUCUUUGUUUAAUCCUUUCGAUGAAACCCUCUAUGUGAAGGAAGUAAGUGCAUGGAUAGCAGUUUCUCAGGGGAAUAUUUCACAUAACACUGAAGCAACCUGCAGUUUAGAAAACAUGGAAGUUCCUGCUGGGCUCAGCCUCUUGGCUGUUAAGGAUUGGUUGGUUGUUAGAAGUCCUCAAAUUGGUUUUCCCUGGAUGGCUACGAGGCCCCAAGAAAAUUGGGAGAUUGGUCCAUACAGCAGUGAAACCAUUAUGGAGAUGGACUUCUCAUUUGAAUCUGAAGGAAAUGUUUUUGGUGUGUUUUGUAUGCAGCUGCUAAGGUCCCCUCAAGACAAGACUGAUACUGUUAUGGUUCCUCUUGAACUUGAACUUGAACUGGAUGGAAAAGUAGCAUACAAUGGCAUUGCUGGUUCAGUUUCGCUUGAAACUCUGGUUCCAUAUGAUGUUGGCAAUACUGUUGGUGUUGCUAUCUCACUGAGAAAUGGAGCUCAUCAUGUGUUGAGUGUUGUCAAGAUUAGUGAAGUUGCCGCAGCGAAGGUUUUCCAGAUCAAGUACACUGAAGGCCUGCUACUUUUCCCUGGCACUGUUACACAAGUUUCUACAAUUACAUGUACACAGCUACUUGUUGAAUUACAUGAUUCUCAAUCUGAAAUGUCAAAUAUGAACAAAGACUGGAAAUUAGUUGUACUGACAAAUGACUCGAGCAGUCCUCAGAUUGAAAUUCCUUGCCUUGCUGUAGUCCAUAUUUGUUUGAGACAUCAAAAGGAUUCAUUCAUUGGAUAUAACAAACACUCUGAAGCACCAAAAUCUGGUGAAAGGACAGAAUCUGGCAAUAUAAGGACAGGAUCAUUGGGCAGUGGCAGGCAGUUGCUGUCAGAGACAAAGGCAAUGGAGACAGCAGAAGCAGAUGAUUUUGUACUGGGUAAUUGGAAAUCUCAAGGUACCACAAGUGGCAUGUCUGUGCUUGAUGAUCAUGAGGUGUUGUUCCGAAUGGUUCAGGUUGGAACUUAUCACUCUAGGUGGAUCACUGUAAAGAAUCCUAGUGAACAGCCUGUUGUAAUGCAGCUCAUUCUUAACUCGGGAGAAAUUAUUGAUGAGUGUAGGGGCACAGAUGGUUCCAUGGAGCCUCCUUCAUCAAGUAUUUUUGUUCAUACUGAAUUGGCUGCUCCUACUAGAUAUGGGUUCUCAAUGGCAGAGAGUGCACUAACAGAAGCUUAUGUUCAUCCUUUUGGUGAAGCAUCUUUUGGGCCGAUAUUCUUUCACCCUUCAAAUCGUUGUGGGUGGAGAAGUUCAGCCCUGAUAAGAAACAAUCUUUCUGGUGUGGAGUGGUUAUCUUUGAGAGGAUUUGGAGGGUUUCUUUCUCUAGUCCUGCUUGAUGGUUCAGAGCCUGUUCAGAGCAUAGACUUUAACCUGAGCUUGCCAAUGCCCCUAAAUAUCUCUCCUCCAGAUGGGCUAUUUAGCAUGGAAGAGACUGCUUAUGCUUGUUCUGUGCCUUCGUCUAAAGAGCUGUAUGCCAAGAACAUGGGAGACUUGCCGCUUGAGGUGAAAAGUAUUGAAAUUUCUGGGUCUGAGUGUGGGUUGAAUGGGUUUAUGGUUCACACUUGUCAAGGUUUUUCUCUUGAACCAGGGGAGUCAACAAAGCUUCUGAUCUCAUACCAGUCCGAUUUUUCCGCACCUAUGGUGAACAGAGAUCUUGAACUGGCCUUGGCUAGUGGAAUUCUUGUGAUACCCAUGAAGGCAAGUCUUCCUUUGUACAUGCUCAGUCUAUGUAAAAAAUCAUUAUUCUGGAUGCGGUUGAAGAAAUUCUCUACAGCAGUCUUCCUUGUCUCUUCCUUCAUGUUUCUGAUAUUCUGUUGCAUAUUUGCCCAAGUGAUUGCUUUUGGCUCCCAGGAUUACUAUUAUAACAGUGAGAAAAGCUCCACUACUACUGCAAGAAGUGCAGGAAAAGCUUCUCGUAUGCAUCGUAACCAGAGAAAGAGCAAGCCCUCUAUGUCUAGGGGAAUGGACAGUUUGUUAACAUCAGUUGGGGAAGACAAGGCCUCCAAUCAGGCAUCUAUGGGUAAACAUGCUGAUGGUCAUGAUGGAGCUCUAGAACAGGGGCUAACCAUUAAUAAUUUGACGUCAACUCUAGAAAAUCACAAACAAGGUAAUAUUUUGUCUUAUACUGAAAAGGAUAAAGCAGAACCAUCUUUGCUGUCAAAAUCUGAAGCAGUUGAGAAUUUUGAUACCCUUGAUGCUCCCCAACCUCCCAACCUUACAGUCAGGAUAGGAAAAGAGAAAGGAAGAAGGCGGAGGAAGAGGAAGGGUACAAGUUCAUGUUUAACUGGACUGCUUGAAGUUUCGAGUAGUCAAAGCGGAAAUUCGACACCUUCAUCUCCUUUGUCACCUGUAUCUGCAACUCCCAAUCGACUAUGGUUGCCAUCUUCUGAUGUGGACACUAUUGGGGAUAGAAAUCCAUUCACUCGAGUGGCGGACCAACAGUUUGGGAGGGUUCAAGUUUCUGAAUCUGCUUCCAAGACGGUUGUCAUGGAGCCCAGGGGUUCUAUGAAAUACUACAGUUACAACUACUUUGCUGCCACUCAAGAGCGACAUUCAGUGCCCAGCAAGACCUUUACUAGACCUUGUGCUGCUUUUCCUUGUGCUGGUGGUCCUGCCCCCAGUCUGCAUUACUCUUCUCCCUUGUCAUCAACAUCAACAAUUGCUCCCACUGUGCGAGCUCCUGGGGCAAAACUUUUAAACCAAAGAAGUGCUGAAGUAGAUGAAAAGGUGGGGGAUGAACAUACAUAUGAUAUCUGGGGUGACCAUUUUUCUGGACUCCAUUUAGUGGGUAGUCUAAAGGAUACUACAACCAGGAAAACAAUGCCAACAGAAGACAAUUCCAAUACCUUCUUUGUAAGGGGUCCACAAGCCCUCAUGUCGAAAUCUCAACCAAAAUCUGUGAGUUCCUCUCAACAAGAGGGUUAA